AUGGGGGAUAAUCCGGACAGACUAUAUCGUUUAGAUGGAGUAGCUCAUAUAGUCGGGGUCAUCAACGAAGAGCCCCAGCGAUGCAUCUUGAGCAUGCGACGGCAGCAGGUCAUGCGACUGGACGAGAGGUACGUUCCGUACUUGCAGAUAGCGGGAUUAUACCAUCUUGCGAGGCUGAACGAGAGAUGGUUCAGAUUGGAUGAACCCCUUGUGAGUGCUUUCGUCGAGCAGUGGCGUCCGGAGACGCACACAUUUCACAUGCCGUUCGGAAAGUGCACGAUCAUACGGCAGGACGUGGCGUACCAGUUGGGGUUGUCGGUCGACGGACGAUAUGUCAGUGGUUGCUUGACGGAUUUCCAGACAUACAUCCAGGGUGGCCGUCCAGCUUGGGUGUGGUUCCAGGAGUUGCUUGGUGUGUUACGUCCUGCGAACCAAAUCCAGAAGUUUGCAGUGAACUGCAGUUGGUUCCAGGAGAUGUUUGGAGAGUGCCCUGAGGGAGCCGACGAGGAGAUAGUCAGGCGCUAUGCUCGGGCAUAUAUCAUGAUGCUGUUAGGCACUCAGCUCUUUGCCGACAAGUCCGGCAACCGUAUUCACAUUAGGUGGCUACCCUACGUGGCUAGGCUUGAGAAUAUGGGUGGCUACAGCUGGGGGUCGGCGUCACUCGCGUGGUUGUACCGGUGCAUGUGCCGAGUGGCUAACAGACAUGUGGUGAAGCUAGCGGGUCCGUUACAGCUACUUCAGUCUUGGAUCUUCUGGCGCUUUCCUGGGUUUAGACCUACUGGGUAUGACACGUUCAGCUGGCCCUUGGCCUCGAGCGAGAAGGGACCACGAGUGCAGAUGUGGAGGCUGAAGAUAGACCUGUUACAGGCUGGGGAUUUUAUUUGGAUGCUGUAUAGCUCUCCCGACGUCCUUCAGGUUGUGCAUCCGAACGUGUUGGAGCCUCGGCAUACGGCGUUAUGGCAGUGUGUGACGACAUUGAUAUAUUUCGCCGUCGUAGAGUGGCACCUGAUUGAUCGGGUGCUACCGCAGUUUGGUGGAGUACAAAUGCAACAGGCAGUAUGUUGGAGUUCCCGUCCUGUGCAAUCGCGACGAGCAACGUAG